UUGUUAUCUAGUGAAUACUUUAAAAGUUUUGAGGUUAUAACAAGUUUCUACAAGGACAACAUUGGUGGUGUGUAUCGUGAUAUAGCAUUAUUUCGGCAAAAAAUCGUCCUGUUUGUCGGACGAUAGAUAAAAUCUUGAAAUUAAUUAUGUGAGCAGUUGAAGCUUGACAAUCAAUUCUGUAUAAAUAUGUCGGCUCCAAAUAACGUUAAAACACUGUUACCGUACAGAUUGGCCUGCUUGGCCGUCUGACAAAUAUGAAUUUAUGGAAUAAUUUUGUAAUUUUAAUAAUCGAACAUGGUGAAAGAAAAACCAAAUUCAAUUCGUAUUUACGAUUCAGAAGGUUAUAGACGUAGAGCAGCAUGUAUCUGCGUCAAAAACGAUCUUGAAGAUGAGGUACUUUUGGUUACAUCCAGCCGAAGGCCAGAUAGUUGGAUAGUACCUGGUGGAGGUGUUGAACCAGAGGAGGAACCUGCAGUAACUGCAUUACGUGAAGUUAGAGAAGAAGCAGGGGUUUUAGGGCAGUUGGGCAGAUGUCUUGGCAUAUUUGAAAAUGUGGAACACAAACAUAGGACACAGGUAUGGGUUAUGCGUGUAACUGAAGAACUGCCAGAAUGGGAAGAUUCACGUGCUAUUGGUCGAAAACGAAAGUGGUUUUCUAUACCAGAGGCCUUGUUUCAGCUUGCUCAGCACAAGCCCGUCCAGCGUUCUUAUAUACACAGCCUCCACAAUACUAAUCCUCGAUAUAAUCCUAACAUCUCGCCUCCUCACCAUUCGCAUACUACCGUAACGUCUAUUCAGUUGAUGAAUAAUUCUAGUAACAAUCCUCAUCUGAACAAACAUAGCUAAUAUUAAAUACCAUCCAUUUGCGUAAACGAUUGAGAUCAAAUGUUAAAUAUUUGUUGCUGCUCAUUUACUUUCGUACAGUUAUAACAACCACUAAGGUUGUGUUUCGUAUGUAAAAUGACACUAUUUGUACAUUCUCUGGUUUUCUUUCUUAUUUUUCUUUUGUGAUUAGUAGUAAAAUUAUUCCGAAUCUUGUUAUUAUACUACUAAUACUACUGUAUGAUUAUCACCACACCACCACCACCACCACUACUACUAUUUCAUUACCAUUGCUAUACUAUCAUUACUGCAAAAACUAUUAUUAUCAUUAUCACUAUUACAGCCAUUUUUAUUGUCAUUGUCAGUGCUAUUAUCAGUGUUAUUGCUUUUUCAUACAGAUUAGUUUAUUAAUCACUCCUUAAAAGGAACAGUUUUUCUAGUUUGGUUCUAUUGGUGUAACUAAUUAGGGGUCAAGGUGAAUCUGCCACCCUGCCCCAAAAAUGUAGACUGGGUUUCUCAUCAUUCUAAGAUCCUAAAAUCCUAACAAUUAGUUAUGCUGAUGUUCAGUUCUCAUUUUUAUCAUAUUCUUGUCAGGGAAACAAUUAGUGCUUAUAUUUCAUGUACAAAUAAGUACCUAAUUUUCAUACGUAAAGUGGAUGGUGUUUUAUGCAAAAAAAAAAAAAAAAAAAAA